GAGUUAAAAUACCUUCUCUCCACUGUAGGACACAAACCUCUUAGACAUCAUGUAUCUCAUAGCACAUGUCUUCCUCUUCCUCUUCCUUCAUCAUCUCAUUCCCUCUACUGCUGGUAAUAGCUUACCCCAUUCUGACCACCCCAUUGACGAUAUUACAGUCAAUUGUGGCUCCUUUGGCAACUCAAUUGCAUUGGAUGGCCGCGAGUGGGUUGGAGAUAUCGGCUCACAAAAUACUUUCAAGCGACACCCAAAUGGCAAAUUGAUGAAGUCACUAGAAGUUCCUCAAUUCCUUUCUGCUGAUCCUGUCCCCUACAUGUCCGCUCAAGUCUCGCGCUCUCAAUUUUCCUAUACGUUCCGAAUCAGUCCAGGACAAAAGUUCAUCCGGCUACACUUCUAUCCGGCUUCAUACCCAGGUUUUGAAAGGUCCAAUGCCUUUUUUACUGUAAAAGCCGGAGUUUACACCCUUCUCAGAAACUUCAGUGCUUCCCUUACUGCUGAUUCUCUAGGAGUGAAAUAUUUCUCUAAAGAAUUUUGUGUCCAUGUUGAAGAAAAUCAACCACUUAGCAUCACGUUCUCUCCAUCGCCAACUACCACUUUAGAUAGCGUAUAUGCUUUUGUCAACGGGAUAGAGAUCAUCUCUAUGCCAACUUCUCUUUACUACACCGGUGAUGGUGAUCUAGGUGCUCAUGUUGUUGGCCACAAACACGGGUUCCACAUUGAUACAGGCACUGCAUUUGAAUUGGUUCACCGCUUAAACAUUGGAGGGAACUCUAUUUUAUCAGUAGACGAUUGGGGCAUGUUCCGACGGUGGUCUGGGGACUCCAAAUACUUGUUAGAAUCUGGUGUUUUACCAGUUUCUACAUCCAUUCCAAUCAAAUACACAAACAUCCCGGCAUAUGCAGCGCCACAGAAAGUUUACCAAACAGCUUGGUCAAUGGAUCCAAACAAGAAAAUGAAUAGGAUGUGCAACCUUACGUGGAAAUUACCAUUGGAUUUGGGAUUCAGGUACCUGGUUAGGCUCCAUUUCUGUGAGAUUGAUUACGAGAUAAAAGAAAUUGGCCAAAGAGAGUUUAGUAUCUUCAUGGAUGGUAAGAUCGCCGAGGCUUCUGCAGACCUUAUCAAAUGGAGUGGUGGAAAUGGGGUUGCAGUGUAUAAGGACUACAUGGUGAUUAUUGAUGGAGAUAAAAUGGAAGGAAAGCGUGACCUACUCAUAGCUGUGCAACCUCUUUCCUAUGAGUCAAGGACUGAACACCAUACUGGUGCUGUCCUAAGUGGGUUAGAGGUGUUCAAGUUGAGCAAUCCUGACAAUAGUCUUGCUAGUCAGAAUCCUAAGCCUGUUUCUCAUGCUCCUACAUCUACUACCGUGAAGCCUCUUAAAUUACUGCUGGUAUUUGGCAAUGGAAAUGCAAUUGUAAGUUGUCUGAUAAUUUUCAUAGUUUCACUGAAUAUUGUUGUUUACAAAUUACGUGAUUGGGGGGACGUCAUCCAGAAAGACAUAUCGGCACCAUCCAAGUCAGAGGAAUUGUGCCGCCGUUUUUCGCUUUCUGAGAUACAAUUGGCGACCAACAAUUUUGAUGAUAUGUUGGAGAUUGGUGAUGGUGGAUUUGGUAAAGUGUAUAAAGGACUCAUUGACAAAGGGGCCAGCACUGUUGCCGUGAAACGCUUGAAGUUGACGUCCAAGCAAGGAGCUGAGGAGUUUUGGACGGAGAUCAAGAUGCUUUCCAAUCUCCGGCACACUCAUCUUGUUACACUAAUCGGAUAUUGUGACGAGAGUCCGGAAAUGAUCCUUGUCUAUGAGUAUAUGGUUCAUGGGACCCUAGCCGAUCAUCUCCACAAAAUUACUAGAAAUAGCAAUGGUGGCGUUUCUCCUUUAAAUUGGGAGCAGCGACUCAACAUUUGCAUUGGAGCCGCACGUGGGUUGGAAUACCUUCAUACUGGUGUCCAGCACAGAGUCAUACACCGUGAUGUGAAGACUUCUAACAUUUUGUUGGACGAGAAUUGGGUAGCCAAAAUUUCAGAUUUUGGGUUGUCCAAGAUGGGUGGCAAAUCAACAAGUCAGGCAAGCACCUACAUUAUCACAGACAUUAAAGGUACGUUUGGGUAUCUGGAUGUGGAGUAUUUCUUGACCCAUAGACUUACCAGGAAGUCGGAUGUGUAUGCCUUUGGUGUGGUAUUGUUCGAAGCACUAUGUGGGAGGCCGGCGGUGGAUAAAAGAUUUGAGGGAGAGGAGCGGAGUCUAGCGCUUUGGGCCCAACAAUGCAUCAAAGAGGGAACAUUUCCUCAAAUGAUUGACCCUAGUAUAAAGGGACAAAUUUCUCCACAUUGUCUGAAGGUCUACGUAGAAGUUGCUAACAAAUGCUUACAUAAACGUCCAAACGAACGACCUAGAAUGUCAGAUAUUGUGCAAAGGCUUGAAUUUGCAUUAUCAUCGCAAGAUCAGAGUGCAUAUUCCUCUACAGAUACAGAAGGGGAGCAGGAGGAGGAGGUUCAGGAGUCUAGUGCGGUUGACAACAUGCCAAUUGAAAAGGUUACAGAGGGGGAGGAGGAGGAACAAGAAGAAGAGGUUUUUUCUGUUAGUGGUGAAGACAAGAAGCAAAUAGGUGAGAUUGUCACUGUUCAGCAGCCUAUAGAAUAUACCGUAUCCAUUCUUAGGACACCUUUAUCCAUGCCUAACAGUACAGCUGUAUCCAUGCCUGACAGUACCCCUAGUACGGCCAAAGAAAGAGCCAACAAGAAGUCUAUAUCCAAGGCAGUUCAUGGUCUUGCUAAAGUAAUGGAUUUUCGGAGGAGAAAGAUGAAAGCUAACGAUUCUAGCAGUGGAUCAUCGUGGUGGUGGAAUAGAUCCAAGUCACCAACUAAGGGCUCAUCCCCUCCAGAACCUCCACCAGAACUACCAGUGGUUCCCUGUCGUCAUUUCUCAAUCACUGAGAUAAAAGAAGCAACAAACAACUUUCAUCGCACCAUGAUAAUCAGGUAUGGCGGUCCAGGUGGCGAGAUGUACAGAGGCUAUAUUGACAAUGGAAAACUUCCGGUUGCCAUCGAAAGGUGUACGAAAGAUUCUGAGGACAAUUUUCAGGAAGAGGUUGAGUUGCGCUCGAGGCUCCAACACCCCCAUGUGGUUUCCUUCAUCGGAUACUGUAAGGAGUAUGGUGAGACAAUCUUUGUUUUUGAGUACAUUGAGAAGGGGAACCUAAGUAAUCACCUCCAUGGAAGAGGAAAAGAACCUCUUCCGUGGAAAAAGCGUCUUGAGAUCUGUAUCGGUGCUGCACAAGGACUAAAUUACCUUCAUACUGGUUCCCAGAAGCCAAUCACCCAUGGUGACCUAAGAUCAAGUAGCAUUUUGUUAGAUGAGAAAUGGUUUGCUAAAGUUUCAGGUUUGACAGUGUCCAAUAUUUUGGACCCGGACGACAUGACACGAACUGUUGGCACCACUAUUGUGAGGAAGACCAUGGGAUAUAGGGACCCUGAGUAUCUACUAAGGGGAAACCUAACCACCAAAUCUGAUGUCUAUUCUUUUGGCGUAGUGUUGUUGGAAGUACUUUGUGCUAAGGAACCGUUUUAUUCAGGUGCACCCAAGGGUGAAGAGAUUCUAGCACACUGGUUUAGGACUUGCAUUCGAAGUAAAACUAUGCAAUUGAUCGUUGAUCCGUAUCUGAUAGGGAAAAUGGCACCUAAGAGUUUCGGUAAAUUUGUCAUGAUUGCUGAGAGGUGCUUGCUAUUCAGAGGAGUUGAGAGGCCAGCUAUGCAGGAUGUGGUGAAGAACCUGGAGCUUGCAUUGCAGCUGCAAGAGACAGCUGGGGACCAUAUUAAGUUUGGCAAGCCUGGUGAUCCUCCAGAGGCGAUCCACAAAGCUGCUGUUCGUGCUUACAAUCAGGAAAAAUAUCUACGACAAGUGCUGAAUUAGAAAUAUUGUUGAGGUGGAUGCUAUGAUGACAGAUUUUCAAAUGAUGUGGUUGAAGAUGGAGCUGUGAAGGAAUGCUUCGAGUAUCUUGAAAUUUCUCUGGGAAGGAUAAUGAAGAGGAUUUUCUUAUGCCAAUGGCCUUAAUCAAUUUUUUUUGCUUCGUCUUUUGCUUGGUUAGUUGUUGGGCGAACACUAUUAUACAUGGGUAUGAUCUGAGUACCGGUUGAUCAAUAUUCACAGGUACGAGAAUUUGAUUAGAAAUUUUAUUUAAUUAUACAUUUAUGUCAUUUUUCAGUUACGGGUUGUUUAGUUCAGAGAUAUACCAAAUUAAAUGUACUUAUUGAACUUAAGAUAGCUUUUGUUGUGAUUGGUUGUUGUAAGCUGUUGUACGGUUUUUAAGUAAGUUCAUUCAUGUACUGAAAUUGCUAGAUAGAUCCAGUUUGAAAAUUAUUCAAAAACGACUUUCUUCGAGAAGCUGGGUCGUUGGUGGCAUGGUCAAUGGUA